AUGGCCGAAAAUCAGGUGGCGCAAAACCCAAGCAACAGCAGCAGCUCCAACACCACCCGCCGUUCCCGCUCUAUCUACAGCAGUGAUCGGGAUUUGGAGUCAGCUUCUUCGCUUUCUUGCCGUAUCUGCCUUGACAGUGACACCAGAGAAGGCGACCAACUCAUAUCUCCUUGCCGCUGUAAAGGCUCCCAAGAGUUCGUCCAUAGAGAAUGCUUGGACCACUGGAGAUCUAUCAGAGAAGGUUUUGCUUUUACCCACUGCUCCACUUGUAAGGCAGCAUUUCAAUUACAAGUGAAAGAGGUGAAAUAUGACAUUGUCACAAGACUAAAGCACAAGCUCUUUGUGGUCAAGGAUUUUUUUGUUCAUUUCCUGAUUGCUCAAGCACUAAUUGUAGUGCUUGGUGGGUAUAUGUACAUUGUGGAUUACGAGGGAGUGAUUCACAAGGCUGUUGAUAAGUAUUUGAGCUUCUUGUCUUCACAAUCCAAUAUUUCCUUCUACUACAGCAUGGUCGAGAAAGUGCCUACCAUCGCCGGACUACGAACAGAGUCAGUGUCCACCGGCGGCUAUGAUGUAGCGGCGGUGCCGUGGGGCAUUGUGGGCUGUCAUCAGCGCUUCAUCAUCCAUGGAUGA